AUGUCUCUCUCUUCUCUCUCUCUAACGGACACUUUCUCUGAACCAAGCAACGGUUCCUUUUCCGUCCCCACAUCUGGGACUCCUUCAGCUCUUGCAAAGAGCAUUCUGGUGACCAUUUCCUCCAUCAAUUCGCUUCCCCACCCACCUGUUCUGCUUAAAGAUGACAGUAGUUCCACAAAUCUAGGGGCAUGGAAGAUUCUCCUGCAGAUUGAACUACUCGGAGAUGAACUUAAAGGUGGUGUUAAGAAGAGGGAAGUUUGGAAACCUCCAGAUGGCGGCAAUAAAGACUCUCCCAGCCUAAGCAGAGGAAGAAGAAGUAAAUGGAAAAAGGGAAAAUCAAAAGCAAAAUCUAUGAUCUGUGACUAUGCCAUCCACCUCGAGCAAAAUGAAGGCAACAUUGAGCCAAGAGCCUCUGUUACGAUAGUGGAAAAACAGGGGAGAACUCUACUUAGUCCUCUAAAGAUUAAAGAAGAGCUUGACAAGAAAGAUAUCUACUGCAUUCAAGAGGGAAGAGAGGCGAACAGGAGAGGAAAAAGCAUAAAAGGGUGGUGGAAGAGGGGAAGAAAAGGAUGUGCUCACAUUCUAAGUACUACUGCCUAUUCUCUCUGUUUCUGGUUGUUCUCAACACCCACCUUUUGCAAAGAAAAAACCCCUUUGUCUCAAACCAAGCUGAUGUGUCUAAGGAUGGAAUCCAUCAACAACGAAGCAAACAACAACUAG